AUGAACACUUAAGAUAUUAAUUUAGAAGAUUAGCGAUUUACUUAACAAAAUAAUGUAAUAGAUUUCGAAUGUUUUGACAUAAUGGGGAAAUUCCCUAUUAAGGAGAAAUUCAAAAUAAUAAAAACCAACACAAGUGAUCUGUUAAUAGUCAAAGAGAGUGGGAUAAUAAUUAGGAGGUUCACUGUUAGUUAUAUCAAAAUUAGCGAGAUGCUCUUUUAUCAAUAAGAUGAUAUUCCAAUUAACUUUAUUUUGAGACAGAUACAUUCUUUUUAAUGGGUUGGAAACUAUGAGGAGAAAAAAAAGGUUGGGACAUGGUCAGCUAAGUGGAACAAUCAAGCCUUGCUAGGUGUCGGAGGUUAGUAUUGCAAUAAAGGCAAGAAAUAAGGACUAUGGAAAGAAAUUUUCAAGAAUUACUCUGAGUAAAGCAGCAUUAUCAUUAUCUACUUUAGAAAAUCCUAAGUCUAUGAAGAAGGACUAUAUAAAGAUGAUUUAAGAGUUGCUAUUUGGAAUAUAUUCUAUGAAAACAAUCGUAUGUAUUAUCUUUAGAAAUUCAAUCAAUGUUAGUGGUGGAGGGUGUUACAACGAGCAAGGGUAGAAGACUGGUCUAUGGUUGGAGUUGAGCAACACAUUCUUAUGGUAAAUUUUACUUAAUCAAUUCUCGAUUCAUUAACAUGUAGUGAUAAUUAACUACUUUACUUUGGGGAAUAUUUGAAUGGCUAAAAGAUCAACAGUUGGGAAAGCCUUAAAAAAAGAUUACCAAUAUUCCUUAACCUAAAUGGCUGCAAAAAGAAAUAGAAUUAGCCAUUUGAAAUUUUGUAAAUCAUAAACAAUAAAUCUUCGAAAUAGAGGUUAAUAUUACUAUGACAAUUAAGGGAAAAAGAAUGGUAAAUGGGUGCAAACAAUUGAUCAUUUUAGAAAGUUUAUAUGAUAAUGUUGAUAUUAGAUCAGCUCAAAUUAGUUAUUGUGGGGAAUAUAGAGGAGAUAAGAAAUUUGGCGUUUGGGAUUUUUAUUAUUAGACAUUUUGCAAUCGGCCAUCUAAAUUGAUGUAGAUAUAUGAUUAUACUAUAGAGGAGGUGGAGUGUAUGAUGAACAAGGUUGUAAAACCGGCAAAUGGGUAGAACCAUGUGAAUAGUUUACAAGGUUUUAAGCAUUAAUUUAUUAUUAGUAACUGCUGGCUUUUCUUUGAAGGAUAAUAUAGGAAUGGAAUAAAAGUAGGAAAAUGGGAAAUAUCCUGUCAGAAGGAAGAGAAAACAGACACAGAAACAGAAAAAAUGUAAAAUUUUGAGUUUAAUAGAAUGAUUUAGUGGUUAUGGAUUAUAUGAUGAUUAGGGGCUUAAAGAAGGUGUUUGGUUAGAAUUGGAUGAUAGUUUUUGCAGGUUAUGUUUGUUCUUAUUCAUUAGUUCUUAUAGAGAGGUUAUUUAUCAGGGAGAUUAUUGGAAAAAUCAUAAAAUUGGGAAAUGGGAAAUAAAAUACAAACGAAAACCUUAUAGUUUAUUUGAACCAAUGUAAAUCUAACAAUAUAUAAAUUCUAAAAAGUGCUGGAGGAUCUUUUGAUGAGCAAGGCUAGAAAAUUGGUGUUUGGAGAGAGUUGACUGAAAGAUUUUCGAGGUAUGAAAAUGUGACACCCAAUUAGUUUAAAUGAGCUGAUUUACUAAGGCCAAUAUGACAGAGGGGUAAAAAUAGGUCAAUGGGAAAUCCUGUUCAGAUCCUCUUUUAGAAAUUCAUUUGAUAAUAUGUAAUAUAUAAUCAAAAUAUUAAGCGGAUGUGGUGGAUCCUUCAAUUAAGCAAAUUUGAAAAAUGGCAUGUGGAUCGAACAAGAUGAUGACUUUUCAGAGUAAUGACAUGAAUAUUUGCGUAGGUGUAACACAAUACUUCAUAUAGGAUAAUAUUAAGAUGGCUUAAAAGUAGGCUGUUGGAACUAAGAAAAAUUAAAAGACAGCAGUUUGAAUAUUUAAUCUUAUCAUGUAAAUAGAUAAUAACCAUAUUUUUAGAGGUUUUAUUAUUGA